UGCUCAGUGAGUCGAACGUUUGAUGGUGGCGGACUAAACAUGGCUGUGUUCGGGAGGGGAGUAACCUACCUCCGUCUCCUCAGGAGUUCUGCUCGUGUCCUGUUCACCUGUAAAAAUCCUGCUGUUCACAAACUGGGAAAAUGGACAAAUGUUCUUUAUGCAAGUGUAACAUCUCUAACACUGGGAGCUGCACUCUGUGCUAUACCAUUCAAACAGGUUGAAAACCUCUCUCAUGAUGCUCUGAUCAAACGAGCAGCCUCUCUGGUCACAGACAGCUCAAGCACUUUCCUCUCACAAACCACUUUGGCUCUCAUAGACGCCAUCACCGAAUAUUCUAAAGCUGUGCACACGCUCGUCGCUCUUCAAAGCCGAUAUCUGGAUGCGCUGGGAAAACUGAGUCCGUCAGAGGAGGACUCAAUCUGGCAGGUUAUCAUUAGCCAGCGAGCACUGGUUAAUGAGAGACAAGAUGAAUGCCAGCGUUUGGAGUCGACGUGGGUCACUGCGGUGAAGCUGUGUGAGACGGCAGCUGAGGCGGCGUACACAUCAGGAGCCGAGCAUGCGUCCGUCACCGUGAGGACGAACGUUCAUUUGGCUCAGUCGCAGGUGGAGGACGUGCAGAAACUGUCGGCGGACGCAGAUAAGAAGUUAGCUGAGAGUAAAGUGACGGAGGUUGAAAUGAUGGCACGGCAUGCCGCUGCUUUACAGAGUAAUGACGACGAGGAAGAAGUGCCUGAAGCUUAUCUGAGAGAAGACUGAGAGCUUAUCAGACAACAGCAAACACUGUCUUCUUUCACUGUGCGGCCCUUUUUGUCUCUUGUCAGUCACUGUGUCUCAGUCACAGUACAAUGUGGAGUGUUCAAGUAAAACUAGAAGAGUCGAUAAAACACCAGUUUCAAUUCGGACAAAAUACACUUUACAAUAAAAUUAAAUUUAACACUUUUAGUAGCCUUAAUAUAGUUUGAAAUGGUUUGGUCAAAUGCAGAGGAAGGAUAAAGAUUAUAUUCAGGGUUCCCACAGGUCCUUGAAAUCCUUGAAAGUUUGUGAAUUUCGUUCUAAAUUAGACAUGUGUAAUUGAAAGUGCCUAGAAGUUGAUAUUGCUUGAUGUACGUAGACUAGGCCUACGCAGAACCAACGUGGGGUCAUAAUUACUAGCGGUGUUGUGGACACUGUCUCUCUCUCUCUCUGCUGUCAACGUCAGAUUCGGUGCGGAACAACAAGCACAUUUCACGUGAUGCCUGAAAAUGAAAAUGAAAAAUGAAAAUUCCAAGAUCUCUGUCUCACCAAAGAAAAUUUACAAAGACUGACUUUGACCAAGAUCCCAAGGACAAUCACUUGUCCGGAAGCAGAGUGUGCUGCAAAUCAAUAAAAGUGGACGCCAUCGUGGGCGAAGGCAAGCUCUUACAAGUUGCCCUCCCAUCUUAUUAAUAAGCCUGUCAACCUUGAAUUUAAACCUUGUUAUCUGGACCUUGAAUUUGAGGGAAUUAGUCCUGGAAAGUCCUUGAAUUUGAUGUCUAUUAAGGUGUGGGAACCCUGAAUAUAUUGGACAAAGGAUGUUGAAGAUGGAGCUGCCCGAGGCAGGAGGAAAAGAAGAUGAUGUUGUGAAGGAGGACAUGAGGACAGUCACAAUAGGACACAAGGGAGAGGACAAGAUGGAUGCAGAUGAGUCGCUGUGGUGCCCCCUAAAGUGAGAAGAAUUAGUUUUAAUAUGUUUAAAUAGUUGGAAAUAUGCCCUGAAAUACAGUUACAUUGAUUGUAUUUUGACACUUAAAGGUCCAAAAUGUAACAUUAACUGUAGGUGAAGAGUAGUGUAGAAGAUUUAACUUUUUCACUUGUAUUUAUUACUUAAAUAGGAUAAUAAGUGUUAUACUUAAAUGUAAUACUGUUCCAGGGUAUAUUUGUAUCUUCAUUGAAACUGGUGUUAAAUUGAUUUUUUUUGUGUCACUUUACCGUCACAAAAUUUAAUUGUAAUAGAGAAUCACAUACAAUGGGAACAAGCAUUUCCACAUAUGGUCAUUAAAGACUUAUUUGUUUAAUGAUUAUAAACUGUGUUAUUCAUAGAUGCUCGUUCUUUUCCUCUUUGCUCGUCUGCGUCAGAUUGUUAUUGUCAUAUUCUCAGGAUUCAUUGUAAUAAAGACAAGACACAGCUUUAAAAAAAACAACAACUCAAAACUGUUUAUUAUUGAUUUCCACUUGAUGCAGAAAAAGAAAAAAAAUGAUGUAUUUAUUUAGGAAUAUUUUAGUAUGUUAUGAAUAAAUGGCUCAUGGGUUUAUUUCA